AUGAGGAGAGAUGUUGAUAUCCUUUGCGUCCAAGAAACCAAAUGGAGGGGACAGAAGGCGAAGGAGGUGGAGGAUACCGGCUUCAAGCUGUGUUACACGGGGAUGGCUGCAAACAGAAAUGGCGUAGGCAUCUUCAUCAACAAGAGCCUCAAGUAUGGAGUGGUAGACGUCAAGAGACGUGGGGAAAGGAUUAUCCUGGUCAAGUUGGUAGUUGGGGACUUAGUUCUCAAUGUUAUCAGCGCGUAUGCCCCGCAAGUAGGCCACAAUGAGAACACCAAGAGGGAGUUCUGGGAAGGCCUGGAAGACGUGGUUAGGAGUGUACCGAUUGGCGAGAAGCUCUUCAUAGGAGGAGACCUCAAUGGGGGGGCUUUGGCUAUGGAAUCAGGAAUCAAGAAGGAGAAAUGUCUUAAGCUUUGCUCUAGCCUACGACAUGAUUGUAGCUAA